AUGGCGCUGAAAAUCUUCAUCACCGGCGCCACUGGCUAUAUUGGAGGAGACACGUUGCACAAUCUGUAUGCAAAGCAUCCUGACCAUCAAUACACAGCACUGGUCCGCACCAAAGACAAGGCUGCGAUAGUGGAAAAAGCGUACCCGAACGUGCAAAUUGUGAUUGGUGAUCUCGACAACUCGGAGCUCUUGGAAGAGCAAGCUUCGAAGGCUGACAUUGUCCUACACACCGCCGAUGCCUCUGAUCACGCAGGUGCUGCGAAGGCAAUUGCUGCUGGCCUCGUCAAAGGACACUCGGGAAACUCCAGUAAACCCAGAUAUUGGCUUCACACUGGAGGUACUGGCAUCCUGACCUAUGAGGACUCCGAGGCAGGCAGACUAGGCGAGCACUCUGAUAAGGAGUAUAACGAUUGGACUGCCGUUAACGAAUUGACGCAUCUGCCCGCAAGCGCGUUUCAUCGUAAUGUGGAUGAGAUUGUGCUGGAAACCGGCGAGAAACAUGGUGAUGUGGUUAAAACUGCCAUCGUGUGCCCACCUACAAUCUAUGGCAAGGGUAGAGGCCCUGUGGCAACGCGCAGUCGGCAAGCAUACGAGCUCACCAAGCUGGUACUGACUGGAAAGUACAUUCCGGUCGUAGGCUCUGGAAAAGCACGUUGGAACAAUGUGCAUGUUUCCGAUCUCGCAAGUCUUUUCACGCUCCUUGUUGAGGAAGCCGGCAACCCGACGGCUGAUAAACAGAGCGAGCUUUGGGGAAGUAAAGGCUACUACCUUGCUGAGAAUGGCGAGCAUGUCUGGACUGAUCUUGCUGUGCGCAUCGGCCAGGAGUGCACGAAGCAAGGCUACAUAUCGAACCUAGAAAAGAAGUCGCUAACCAAGGAGGCUGCUUUGGAUCAAGCUGGUUUUGAGGCUGUGAGCUGGGGAUGGAACUCGCGUGGCAAGGCUGAGCGAGCCAAGCACCUGUUGGGUUGGAAGCCAUCUGGUCCAUCGAUUGAGGCAGAGGUGCCGAAUAUGGUGCAAGAGGAGCAUGACCUCCUAAGCAAGAAGGCGUAG